ACAUAAUUUAAUAUCAAUUAAUCAUUUUAAACAAUUAAUUGAAUCUAUUUUAAUCUAUGUGAUUAAUGACAGAUGAUAAUUUUGAUUUGACGUUUGUAUUUUUUUUUUUUUAAUAAAAAAUGAAAAGCAAUGUUCCAGUAUUGUGCCUUCUUUUUGCUUUCUACACACGGUAUGCGGGUUGCAGUGAGUACUUCAGGAUGGGCGUGAACACGAAUGCAGCUGAAGCAGCGCAGUUUCUUCGGGAGUAUGACAGAGAGGCAUCUGGAAUGUGUUACAGAGUAACAAUGUCCCAAUGGAAAUUCGUCACUAACAUCACGGAAUACAACCGGCGACGUAUGCUUGAGGAGUUGGCGCUCAGCUCCAAAUUCGAAAAGCUAUCUUGGAGGAAGGCUGCUGCUUACGAUGGAUCCAGACUGUCCGAUCCGCAGAGCAGGAGACAGUUGAGCAGAAUCAUUCAGAACAGUAGGGCUGCCCUGUCUGACGACAAGUUUUCUGAGAUACAACAGCUGAUAACCGAAAUGAAGGAGCUCUAUAAUUCAGCGAAAAUAUGCCCAUAUGGCCAAAAACCCUACGAUCCUCAUAUACCAAAAGUUUCGCCAACAUCCACCGAAACACCCGAUACUACCAAGGACCACCAAACAUACCAGCUCACGAACCAGCCAUACCAGCACUACCAACCAUACCAGGAGAACACAGACUACCCCAAUUACUGUGACAUGCAAUUAGAUCCAGAGAUCACUAGGAUUCUAGCACAUUCGAGGAUUGAAAACGAAUUGCUCUAUGUCUGGAAAAGUUUCAGAGAUCAAACCGGACCGAAGCUGAAGAACAGGUUCAUGAGAUACGUGCAAUUGGCCAACGAAGCUGCUGUCAAAACAGGGUUCAAGGACGCCGGAGACCAGAUGCGAGCUGCGUAUGAGGACCCGUCAUUCAGAGCUAGUGUCGAAGAAAUUUACAAUCAAAUUAUACCUUUGUACAAACAACUAUUUACUUACGUCCGACGAAAACUUCUGCUGAGAUACGGAGACAAAAGUGUCCGUCCAGAUGGGCCCAUACCAGCACAUUUAUUGGGGAACAUGUGGGCACAGAAUUGGAAAUCUAUAAUGGACCUGGUGAUGCCGUUCCCUCAAGCUCCGAACGUGGACGUCACUUCUGAGAUGCUGAGACAGGGAUUCACUCCUCUCAGAAUGUUCCAGAUGGCAGAAGAAUUCUAUACAUCAAUGGGCCUUCGCCCCGUCCCUCCGGAGUUUUGGCGAGGGUCGUUACUAGCGCGACCGGCUGACCGGAGCGCCCAAUGCACAGCUAGCGCCUGGGACUUCUGUAAUAGGAUUGAUUAUAGAAUAAAGCAAUGCACGGAGGUGACGAUGCAAGAUCUGAUCUCCACUCAUCAUGAGAUGGCUCACAUACAGUACUACUUGCAGUACUCGGAACAACCGCAGCUGUUCAGGGAUGGAGCGAAUCCAGCGUUCCACGAGGCGGUGGCCAACGCUGCAACACUGUCCGUCUACAAUCUGCCACAUCUCCAGCGAGUUGGACUCUACCAGAACAGAACCCACGACCAGUAUGAAGUCAGUAUGAAUUUUUUAAUGUCGAUGGCUCUUGAGAAAGUGGCAUACCUUCCGUUCGCGUUCAUGGUUGACCAGUGGCGCUGGUCGAUAUUCGAAGACGGCGUGAAGAAUAUGAACGCGAGAUGGUGGCAGAUGAAACUGAGAUAUCAGGGAGUAACGCCGCCGAUACCACGCACGGAGGCUGACUUUGACCCGGCAUCGAAAUAUCAUAUCGUAUCAGACCAGGAUUACAUAAAAUAUUUCCUAGCUACGGUCCUCGAGUUCCAGGUCUUCGAGCAGCUGUGCGCUGCUGCAGGUCACAAUGGACACCUGCACGAGUGUGACAUCUACAGGAGCAGAGACGCUGGCAGACUUCUGGGUGAGACGAUGCAAAUAGGAGCGUCAAAACCAGCGUCGGACGUCAUAAGAAUAAUGACUAGAGGAAAAACGAACAGAAUAUCGCCGGAAUCUAUUGUGAAAUUCUUCCGACCCCUGGAACUCUGGCUGAGAGUUCAGAAUCGUGAUGAGGAGGUGAUAGGAUGGAACUCAAACUACGAGGACGUUGCUCUCUUCGCUCCGCAGAGGGCGCUGGCUAGUGACAGUCAUCUGUCACCUGUUGUAACACUCGCUUCAUUCAUUGUUUUAUUUUAUAAAUAAAUGUUACGUUUUAUUAUA